AUGCGUGCAAGUUCCAUUGAUAUUCAUCGGAAUGCAAAAUGGUCACAGAAUGGUAUCACUGUUGCUGGAGGAAAUGGACAUGGCAGUAAAACCAAUCAACUCCAUUGGCCAUGGGGUUUGUACGUCGACGACGAUCUAACGAUUUAUGUCGCUGAUUAUGGAAAUCACCGUAUUGUGGAAUGGAAAUCUGGUGCAACGAAUGGAAAAGUAGUUGCUGGUGGAAAUGGAGAAGGAAAUGGAGCUCAUCAGUUAAACUGCCCACUAGAUGUGAUUAUCGACAAAGAGAGCGAUUGUCUCAUCAUCAGCGAUUGGCAGAAUAAAAGAGUAGUUCGAUGGCCUCGUCGAAAUGGUACUCGUGGAGAAACAAUUAUUUCAAAUAUCUCCUGCAUCGGUUUGACAGUGGACGACAAUGGUUAUCCCUAUGUCGUUGAUGAUGAAAAACAUGAAGUGAGACGAUAUAAAAUUGGUGACACUAAAGGAACAGUAGUUGCAGGUGGCAAUGGAGAAGGAAAUCGUCUUGAUCAACUCACUGGGCCCCACUACGUAUUUGUCGAUCGAGAUCAUUCAGUUUAUGUGUCUGAUUUUGGAAAUGAUCGUGUAAUGAAAUGGGAAGAAGGUGCAAUACAAGGCAUUGUCGUAGCCGGUGGUCAAGGACAAGGAAAUAGUCUCACACAAUUAGAUUGUCCUCAAGGAGUUGUUGUCGAUCAAUUGGGUACUGUAUAUGUGAUUGAUGAUGAGAAUCAUCGAAUCAUGCGUUGGCCAAAAGGAGCCACACAGGGAAGUGUCAUUGUUGGUGGAAACGCUGAAGGAGCACAGUCGAAUCAACUCAGUUAUCCUAUAGGUUUAUCAUUUGAUCGACAUGGCAAUCUCUAUGUCGUCGAUUGGGGAAAUCAUCGAGUACAAAAAUUUAAUAUCGUUGAUACACGUCUUUUAUUAAUUCGUGAAAAUUAUGAUAUUAUUUUAUAUGAUGCUCAACAAAAGCGCUCAUUAACAAGCAUAAGAAAAAGCAAUAUAUUACUUGAAACAAAUCUACAUGCUAAAUUAAUUUUACCACCAUGUCCAAGAAGUCAACAAGAAUUAAAGCAGACACGAAGAGUAUUAAAUGUUUGUGAAAAAAAUCCAAUUGAUGAACAUCCAUUAAAUUAUGAUGAAUAUAAUCCAUUUAAUAUUUGUGCUGCAUCCAAUGUACCACAUUUAUCGUGA